AUGAAGCGACCGACUAAAUUGAGAGAAUUGCGCCUGUCUCCCCAUUCGACGUCCAACUCGGUCCUAUCCCGGAUGCCUUUGUUGUACAGUGGAGGUGCUGGCAGCCGAGGGACCUUACAGCAAUGGACUGGGGGAGACCAGGUCCCAGGGCUGCUAAUUCCUAUAGCUUUCCUAUCCUCCUUGCGCGCGAAUCUCCAGAUAUGCGCCUCCGAUCCAGAUGAUAUCUAUAGCCCUUCUUCACCCGUCUCCAUGAUUAGCGCACCACAAAAGGCCAAAGCAGCACCGCGCUCCGCUCGACACCCGCUUUCUAUGGAAGUUCCUUCAGACCAUGCAACCAUCCCUCUGGUAUCAGAGUCAGAGCACCAGCAUGAAAAGGGCGACCAGAGCUAUGAAAUAGAUUUAUCAUCGGCAGAACCCCCGAUAACCAUAUCCCAUGCAACGACAGAGGAAGACACCGCUGCAGCUCUGGAAUUAAUCGCGGACAGUGUCUCCCAGCAACGCCAGAUGGCCGCGAAAGCCAUUAUCCUUCAUCCGACGGUUCUAGCAACCUCGAUUCUCGUUUUUUUAACCAGUGUGAAACUGUUAUAUACCGGAUCGCUGAGCGAUAUGAUUCUUAUGAUGACUGUUUGGGUGGGCUUCAGCGUCUUUGCCCUAUGUUUAAUUAAAUAUAUGCUACGAGGAUAUCUCGACGUGAUCGAACGGGUGGGGAAUUGGCCGUGGCUGUCAGAAACGUCGGUUCACGGCGCUUCGCAUCGCCGAGAUGAGAUUCUCGUCGCGAAAGAGAACGGAGAAGUGAUCGCGGUACUGGUUCUGAGGAUCGUGAAAGCGAUGACUUCCCCCGAUGUACCCGGCGCACGGCCACGGUCAUCGCGACGGAAGAGUUCUGCCAGGUGGACGGGUAUUAUUCGCGCGUGGACGGUCAAACGGACGCAUCGCCUGCGCGGCACCGGAACACGCCUCCUGACCGAUGUGGUUGCCAACUGUCGGCUGCGGACGCUGGAUGGACCGAUUUUCGCCGAUGACCAAGCCAACUCGGCGAAGCUUUUGCCCAGAAUGUUUAACGCGGUGUUUGAAAAGCAAGAGAAAUGGGCUCGAGCGUUUUUGGAGCAAAUCAUAUUAGCGGAAAGGGGCCGUUGA